CCCGCUGCCUCGCACAACCAGUCGGCUUGUUGGCCCAGCUUCUCCUUUCCUGCCUCCUCACUGUGUGAGCUGCUGUUGUUGUCGCCUGGCGUCAACCUACGCCAGCGAGAAAGGAAGACAUAUCCCUCCUCUCUGCCCCCUCCACCAUUGGCUUCAGCGCGGUGCCAGUCAGCCCCCUCUUCUCCGCUUCUCUCCCCCAUACCAGCCCGAGUUGAGCAGCAACAGCUCGGAAACAUCUGGCCGCCGCAGAGCGCUCCCACUCCCGUCCGUCCGUCCGUGUGCUCUGCUCGGCAGCGGCAGCGUGUUAUGGAAAUGAGUCCAAAGUGGCUGUAGUUUGGGUGUCGGGAGGACGCCGGGGAUCCGGAGGAGGAAGCAGGGGAAGACGUCGGAGCUUGAGUAGAGAGAAGGAUACUCGGCCAUUCCCAACACGAGAGCCCAGCUAUUCUGCCACAGUGGAGUUAAUCAAGUUGAUGCAUACUGCUGCAGGUUAUGAGGACGGCAGGAUGGAGUUCCCAGACCACAGCAGACAUUUACUCCAGUGUCUGAGCGAGCAGCGGCACCAGGGUUUCCUGUGCGACUCCACGGUGCUGGUGGGCGAUGCCCAGUUCCGUGCCCACCGGGCCGUGCUAGCCUCCUGCAGCAUGUAUUUUCACCUUUUCUACAAGGACCAGCUGGACAAGAGAGACAUAGUGCACCUCAACAGUGACAUUGUCACCGCCCCGGCCUUCUCCCUGCUCCUGGAAUUCAUGUACGAGGGGAAGCUCCGGUUCCAGGACCUUCCCGUAGAGGAUGUGCUGGCAGCAGCCAGCUACUUGCACAUGUAUGACAUUGUUAAGGUGUGUAAGAAGCGUUUGAAGCAGAAAGCCACGGCCGAGGCAGACAGCACACGCAGAGAGGAUGAUGGGGGCUCCAGCUGCUCUGACAAGGCCGACAGUCUAUCAGACGGUUCAACGGGCCGGCCGGCUACUGCUGAUCUGGUGCACAGCGAUGAAGACGAGGAAGCGAAGGCAGCGGGAGCUCCGCUCUGGUUGAGGUUGCCGCCUGGAGACAGAUCAGGGACCCCGGUCGUGGCGACCACCAGCCCAGGGCACGGUGAAGCCGAGACGCCAGCGGGCGACGGCCUGGGGGAGGGAGGGAAGGCGCCCUCCCCGGCCGGCAGCCCCAGCAGCUCCACCGGUUCCCUCUCCCAGAGGUCCCAUCACUCCGUCACCUCUCGCGUCGGUCACAGAGGACGGAGGGUGUCGAACGACGCGGCCGACUGCGUCCUGGACCUGUCUGUAAAACCCAUCGCCGGUAGCAACCACAACAAUCACCACCAGUCUUUUUUCAGCGGGGCAGCUACACCAGACAGUCUGCAGAGCCCAUUGGCUGUGAGGGUGAAGGUGGAGAGGGGAGUGGCUUCAGACGAGGAAGAGGAGCUGGGAGGUGCAGACUAUGACAUGGAGCACAGCGGCCUCACCAAGGCCACACUUCCAAGCGCCAACGGAGGCCUGAGCCUCCACGGCAUCGGGGGUCCCCUGUCCGCCCAGCGGAGGCUGGGGCUGGAGGCCCACCUGUCGGCUCUGCGAGAGGCGUCCCUGGCCUCGGAGCUGGAGCGGGACGAGAAGCCUCCCGCCUCGGCAGACGACGAGGACAUACUGGGAGGAGAAAGCGAGCGUGCCCAGGCUGAGGCAGCCAGCAUGGAUAGCUCGCUGCUGCCUUACGUCUCCAACAUGCUGUCGGCUCAACACACCCAGAUCUUCAUGUGCCCGCUGUGCAACAAAGUUUUCCCCUCCCCUCACAUCCUCCAGCUUCACCUCAGCUCCCACUUCAGAGAGCAGGAGGGCAUUCGCUCCAAGCCCGCCGGAGACGUCAACGUGCCCACCUGCACCAUCUGCAGCAAGACCUUCUCCUGCAUGUACACGCUAAAGCGCCACGAGCGGACACACUCCGGCGAAAAGCCCUACACUUGCACCACCUGCGGCAAGAGCUUCCAGUACUCACACAACCUCAGCCGCCAUGCGGUGGUGCACACGCGGGAGAAGCCGCACGCUUGCAAGUGGUGCGAGCGGCGCUUCACGCAAUCCGGGGACCUCUACCGACACAUUCGCAAGUUCCAUUGCGAACUGGUCAACUCGCUGUCAGUGAAGAGCGAACCGCUGGCACUGCCCAAUGUGAGAGACUGGGCGAUUGAGGACAGCUCCCAGGAACUGUGGAAGUAGACGCAGACAGCUGGGCUGAAUAAAGGGAAGGAGGCAGAGAGUGAAAGAAGAGCAGAGAGUCUCGGGGAGGAGAAAGGGAGGUGGAAUUUGAUAAUUGGGUGUUUAAGUGAGUCAUAUUUGUGUUUGUUGCAACAUCUCAAUCAACUGCACUUUAAUAGCACAUAAAAAUGUUACUACUGAGUUAUUUUGGUUGUUGCUAUUUGGGGUAAUCUUGUUUUUAUUCUGUUUUAUUCUAAACUCUUAUUAUUAUUUGGCGUUAGUUCUCUCCUGUUUGUGGUUUUAAUUGUUUGUUUUCUUAGGACAUGGGUCCCAGUUGAAUGUGUAGCCUCUUUUGAAGAGUUUUCACUCUUGUUUUGUGUUUCAUCCCAGACACAACAACACUCUUGACACUCGUCAUCAUGUUGGUCCCGGUCCCACAGACAGCAAACGCCACUGCAGGAGUUCAGGUCGAACACACUGAAGUGAAAAAAAGCAUUACAAUACACUAAACGGGUACUGCGACCACCACAAGUUGAUGCCACCACGCACAUAGUUUCAUAAAUGUGUGUGAGAGCGAGAGAUGGAGAUACUGCACUACUCUGGCAAAAAUUUCAACAAAAGUGCGUAAGCGUGUAUGAGUGUGUGUUGCGUGUUUUAGUUUUCUUUUCUACUAGCAUGAAGGUCGUGUUGUGAAGCGCUCCCCGCUUCUCUUCUUAAGCUCUUUGGCGUUGUGUGUUCAGGGGAAAGCUGACUGACAAACAAACUGAUGGCACUCAUGCAAUGCACAGCCUCCUUUUUUCACUUCCAAUCAAUCUGAAGUAUUUUCUAAAAACGAGAAGACCUUUACAAAUAACUAUUAUUAUUAUUGUUAUUGAUAGAAUUGUUUUCUUAAAUAUAGCUGGCAGUCUUUAAAACAUCUCUUGUUGUAAAGGUAUUUAAUUUAAGUUUGUUGUAUAUUGUUCUACUAUAGAUUUAAAACUUUAAUCUUUCACCUUUUUUAACUUAAUGAUGAUUAUUAUUAUUAUUAUUUUGUUACUUUUUUUUGUAAUGGGACCUGCUGUUGUUGCAUGACGUCCAAACCUGUAUAUUUUAAGAUGAAAAUGUGAAUUGCUGUAUUACUGUACACAUUGUAAUUGAUCAAAUAUUUGACAACAGGCUUUUCUUUUCUUUUCUUUGUGAAUACUACUCCAGGGUGCAGUCUGUUGGAAAAUGAAUAUUAUUCUCAUGACUAUGGAAAAAAAAAAAUGCAUGAACAUCUGAUUUUUGUCUUAAACCUAUAAGUUGUGGUUUUUGCAUUGGAGGGGGGGAAAUAUCUGAACUUGUUUGACCGUGACUUCUUCUUUUUUUCUUUUUUUUUUAUGUAUUUAUUUUAUUUUUUACACAUUGGUCUGUCGCCGACCUCCGAGAGGAAUGUGGCUGAAUGUGUUUCUGUCAGAUGUUAAAGCGAUAUGAUGAAGCAUUUGAAGCCUGUGUUUUUAUGCACUGAUUUUCCCUGCUAUGCGUGCGUGUUUGUGUGCGCGUGUGUGCUGUUUUGAGUGUGUGACAUGGUCAAAGCCGGUCAAUUGAACCUACUGAAGAUCUACAUCCACCCAGCACUUCCUCCUCCUCCUCCUCAGGCGUUAAGUGUCCUCACUACUUCAUGUCCCGUGUCUGGCGUGUCCAUCCUCUACAGUCCGUCUGGUAGUUGCCUCUGUAGAGCUGACCUCGUAUUUCAGGUCCGCCAAGUGCAGAUUUGCAGCACGACUGAGGUAUGAAUGACACAGAGGGAGAGAGAAGGGGAGAGGCUAAACCUGAGCUACCUUACUGAGAGUUUGAGGGUCAGAUGCCGUCACGCCGUUGUCCGUGUUGAGCCGAGCUGCGCUGAGCGAUAUGAGGUUUCUGCUUCAGAUCUUUGCUUUGAGACAGAUGGGAGAAUUGGCCUGCCUGAAAGCACCUUUUAAGCUAAAAGAUAUAAAUAUCUGAAUUUUGCUGAAAAGAUGCCUUUAUUACAAACAGAAGGAGGGGAAAAAAAGGCAUUUUUGCCGUUAUGGAAGUAUUAAAUACUGUAGAGCAUUCAGAGAUGGUUUGUGAAAUCAUCUAAAUUCAAGGAAUUUAUCAAAAAAAAGAAAAGGAAAAAAAAAAAGGUCUUAUACUUUGCUCAUGUCCCUGAAACAUUUUUGUAUAUGAAUGUUAUAAUUGGGUUGGGGCUACAUCAGUUUACAUCUGUAUCUCAAAACUAGUUUUAAAUUUGGAAAAGGAAAAAAAAAAAAGAAGAUGUUCAAGCGUUUAUACAAUCCAAAAACAUUUGGGAGAGAUGCAGACACUCCACAUUUCUCAUCGUUCAGAUGUGUGUUUGUGCACGCGCGUGUUCACGCCCUGUCAUCUGGUAGCACCUGCAGGCUUUGCCAACGCAACAGUGUGGGUGACAUUGCGGCGGUUUGCACCACAUCGUCUCAUUUUUGUCUUGAAAUGUUAUUUCCUCACUGGCAGCGUCUCUACAUAUGGGCUCCCUCCAUCCUGCUGUUGAUUUCAUCACAACUGCUGUUCAGUUUGUUUUUUUUGUCGUUAAAUAAUUUUUCUGUUCUGUUAUACUUGACCGCCUUAAACUGCUGUAGUCCAAGCUAUUUUUACUUUUUAUUUAUAUGUGAUGAGGGAGGGGGGGUUGAGUUGGGAGUCUGAUGCCCAUCGCUUUGUAACCGCCCUCACAUGACAUCUCCAUUUUCUUUGCUGUGCUUACUUGAAAACAAAAGGGGGGAGGGGACUUAAAAAAAUGUCAGACAUUUAUGGUAAGAGGUGAAGGGUUGGAGUGUGAGUGAGUGAGUGUGUGUAUGUGUGUGUGUGUGUGUGUGUGUGUGUGUGUGGAUGGAGGGGGAUGAUUGAGUCUCUUGAAAAAGGACAAUCAGUGUCUGGAGGAAAACAAGCAGAUUUUCAUUGAAAUAUAUUUGCUCCCUGUUGAGAUUACAAUAUUUCUUUUGCUUUUCUUAUAUGUUCCUUUUUUCAGAUUUAGUCAUUUUAGCUUUGACAAUCAUAGUUGGGUUAAUUUUCUUCUUUUUUUUCUCUUUUUAUCUCAUGGGGAGUAAAUUCUAAUUGUGUUUAGUUUUGUAAUUUUUUUGGUGUGCUGUUGUUGACAUUUUUAAAUUGUGUGCAAACUGCAAUAAAUUAUAAGAAUCCUGAGAUCUAA